AUGGCCGCUCUCGAUGUGACCGUCGCGUCCGCCUCCAUUUCCGUCCCCGCAUCUGCCCCGACGGGGGCGACUUUUGCCUCGGGAUUCGACAUGAAAACCAGCUGGGGUAAUCUGAGUCCCUACAAGGAGGCUGGCAGCUUCAAUGUCCCCAAGGGUGUCCCCGGGGGCUGUGAGCUGUCGCAGGUGCAUGUCUUGCACCGACACGCCCAGCGCUAUCCAACCGGUGCGCCGCUGGAUGGGGUCCCAAUGGAAUCAUUCCAUGACAAGUUUGUAAAUUACACCAGAUCCCACCCCAAUGAGGCAGUGGGCAAGGGGCCGUUGGCGUUUUUGAAUGACUGGGAAUAUUUCCUUGGCGAGGAGUUGUUGCUCACCACCGGUGCUGCGACUGAGGCGACAUCGGGCGCUGAUACAUGGGCCAAAUAUGGACGGACAGUGUAUCGCGCCAGUCCGGGUGAGGCAUCAUGGAAUGAGUCGAUGAAUGUGUACCCGAAUGGGACUGCACGUUCAAAGCCGGUGUUUAGGACGACUUCGCAGGCCAGAAUCUUGGAGAGUGCUCGCUGGUGGUUGAGUGGUUUCUUUGGCAAUACCGGUGCUAACAGCUCCUACGAUCAAUAUGAUCUCGUCAUCAUCCCCGAAGUUAACCCAUUCAACAACACCCUCGCGCCUGGCAGUGCCUGUCCUGGCGCUCACACUGACGGAGAUGAUUCCGCCGAAGUAUUCGCAACCAAAGCACUCUCACCUGCCCUGAAACGACUCUCCAAGCUCCUCCCAUCGGAUUUCAACCUCACUUCCUCUGACGUCCUCGGCAUGAUCACCCUCUGCCCAUACGAAUACGCAACACUGGGCAGCUCCGCCUUCUGCUCUCUCUUCACAGAACAGGAAUGGCGUGACUUCGAAUACAUCACCGACGUCAUCUUCUACGGCGACUACGGGUUCGGGUCCCCGAGCGGCCGCGCCCAGGGGAUCGGAUAUGUCCUCGAACUCGCUGCUAGGCUGGAAGCCAAGUUGAUCUAUUCCAGCGAUACCAGCAUCAACUACACAUACGAUGACAACACCGCUCAAUUCCCCCUCCACCAACCGCUGUACAUGGACAUGUCGCAUGACGAUAACAUUGUCUCUGUCAUUGCCGCCCUGGGCAUGGAAUACUUCAACUACGGAUCCCAGGGUCUACCAGGGGACUUGACAAAGUCGCCCCCUCGCACCUUCAAGUUAAACGAGAUAACACCCUUUGGGGCCCGGUUCAUCUCUGAGGUCUGGACAUGUCCGAGCGAUACAUCGUUCGACAAUCUCGGCGCUACACUAUAUAAAAACCCCGACCUGUCUUCGAAAAAGGAUACUAAGGAUUAUAUCCGAUUUGUGCUCAAUAAUGCUCCCGUCCCGCUUAAGGGUGUGCCCGGGUGCGACGGUGCGAAGAAUGGUUUUUGUGCUGUUUCGGACUUCCUCAAGGGCGUGCCGGAUAUGAAGAAGGAGGCUGAGUACCAGUAUGCGUGUUAUGGGGACUAUAACUCCACCGGGCAGGUUGGGGAUGGGUAUCCAGAGGAAUAG